AUGACAAAGCGGAAGGACGGUCUAGGCUAUGAGGCCUCCUUGCCUUGGGCCCCCGAGGUGGAUCGACCCAAAAAUAAUCGACCUAUUGCUGAAAAACGUUUGGAGAGCCUUGAAAGAAGAUUCACUCGUGACGGACGUUUCCAUCACGCCUAUGUCAAGGCUAUCAAGACGACGCUCAGGAAUGGCUAUGCCAAGCUUAUCGAAGAUCCUGAGGAGUUGGACCAUUCUAACCAAGCCUUCCUGCCGCACCACGGUGUAUGGGAGAAGUAUGGAGAAAAAGAAGGGUUGUGCUUGACUCAGCUGCGAGGUUCCAUGGGCGGAGCAUCAAUGAUUGCCUCCUUACGGGACCCUCACUUCAAUGAUGCCAUCGGGUUCGCCAUUUACUUGCGCUCUCAGAACGUGGAUAAAAUACAUGUGGCCUUCGUUUGUGGAAAUGCCCGAGUAGCUCCCUGCUCGGCUUCAUCCAUUCCACGUCUUGAGCUCUGUGAAGCCUUGGAGGCUUCCAUCGCGUCACGAGAAAUUCUCGAAGAACUUACCAUCCCCAUCAAUCACGUCCUCUAUUUCACCGACAGUCUUGUAGUGCUGGGAUACAUCAUGAACACACAAAAACGAUUCAGCCGGAUUGGCUCCUGGACCCGUCAAAUCAAUGCAACACUGGGAUUCCUUAAAAUAUGCUCCGGAUGGCUAGAGAAAGCAAGGAGGUCUCUAGCAAACCCAAACACGGGCAUCCCUUUUGAGUGCAACAAACAAACGGCCGAGAAACUGCUUAUACAAUGCGCUCAAGCCACACUGUAUCCCGACGUCCUUGCUAAAUUAAAGAAAGGACACAAAAUUCCCCCCACUCAUGCUUUUCUCUCUCCUGUGCUUGAUCCCAACGGAAUUCUACGGGUGGGUGGUCGCCUGGAUAGAUCUCAGGAACCUUUCGAACAAAAGCAUCCUAUCCUAAUUCCCAAAGACCACCCCAUUCACACAACCAUCUUGCAUCAUUAUCAUCAGAUGACCAACCACCAAGGAAGACACCUCACUCACGAAGCAAUUCGGACAGCUGGAUACUUUCUUGAGAGUGGAAGAAAGAGCAUUCAUCACCUCAUGUCUUCUUGCAUUGUGUGCCGGCGCCUACGAAGUCAACCGCAAGUCCAAGUCAUGGCCAAUCUUCCCUCAGAUCGUGUCGAAGCCGUGCCACCAUUUUCCAACACAGGGCUAGACGUAUUUGGUCCAUUCACCAUUAACGAUGGGCGUACAACUCGUUGCACGCCCACUUCAAAGAAAUGUUGGGCUCUGCUACUCACUUGCCUAAUUUCUAGAGCAGUGCACAUCGAAAUGCUUCCACUCUUGGACACUUCAAGCUUUAAAAAUGCCUUGAAACGCUUUUUUGCUAUUCGCGGUCCAUGCAAAGUCAUUCGAAGCAACCAAGGAACAAACAUCAUAGGAUCCUUGGGAGAAGACGCUAAAAACAUUGACUUGGACGUUAUUGGGUUGGACUUGAAAACGAAUGGUUGCACCUGGAUACUUAACCCACCUCAUGCUUCACACUUUGGAGGGGCCUGGGAGCGCAAGAUUGGAUCGAUCCGGCGAGUGCUGGAGGGUUCCCUGGUUCUCCUUGGCCCUCGAACCUUGUCAAGAGACGAGCUCCACACGUUCCUUCUCGAGGCUACUGCUAUCGUAAACUCCACCCCCCUCUGGGAUAUAUCUUUUGAUCCAAACGACCCGACCCCUCUUUCUCCAUCUUCAUUGUUGACCCUAAGGGAGGGCAACCAAUCCCCGAACAUUGGCGUCUUUUCCAAAGAUGACCUUCUGGCUUAUGGGAAAAAGCGAUGGAGAAGGGUUCAGUUCUUAGCGGAUCAAUUUUGGGUUCGGUGGAGAACUCAAUAUCUUCUCGACAUCUCCGAACGCAGAAAAUGGACACAUCCGAAACGGUCGUUGAAGAUUGGAGAACUGGUGCUCCUAAAAAGCAAAACCGAAAAACGAUUGUCCUGGCCAACCGCCAUCGUCCAGUAUAUCCGAAUGAGCCAAGACGGAUAUGUCCGUUCCGUCACAGUAAAACAAAGCAUUUCCACUUCAGGUGGUGGAUGCCACUCUCGUUUCUACAACCGUCCAAUAUCAGAACUAGUGCUCAUCUGUCCCACAUCUGAGGAAUGA